AUGGUAGACAUUGCAUUAGAUAUCGCGGAUGAAUAUAUCCUUGAUGGCAUUUACGCUCGCUUUUAUCCAAUUUCAAUUACAGAUAAUACUACAACAAUUUUACAGAGUUCACUUCCACAAUUAAUGAAACAUCCUAAAUUUUUGAAAAAUCAAAUACGUAAAGAAAUAACACUUUCUGUUACAGGAUUUCCACUCACUAGUUUAGUAACUGUUCCUUGGUUUCUUGGGGAAGUCCGAGGAUAUUCAAAACUAUAUGAUAAUAUUAAUGAUUACGGAUUUUUGUAUGGAAUAUUUUCAAUUAUACUAUAUUUAUUCUUUACCGAUAUGUGUAUUUAUUGGAUUCAUCGAUGGCUACACCAUCCGUUAAUUUAUAAAAUUUUGCAUAAGCCUCAUCACCGUUGGAUUGUUCCUACACCGUAUUCAUCUCAUGCCUUUCAUCCACUAGACGGAUAUUUGCAAUCAUGUUUAUUCGUGUUUGUUAAUCUAUGGACAAUCAUGAUUCAUGAUGGUAAAGUAAAGUUCUCAAAAUUUUUAUCUUGCGAAUAUUUAUCAUCCGGAUCAUUUAUCAAUGGUGCGGCACAUCAUGCACUUCACCAUUUGUAUUUUAAUUAUAAUUAUGGUCAAUAUUUUACAUUAUGGGACAAAAUUUGUGGAAGUCAUCGAUUUCCAAGUGAAGAACAAUUUGAUCGUAAUAAGAAACGGGAUCAGAAAGUUUGGAUUAAACAAGCGAUAGAAGUUGAUAACUUUGAUGAGAAUGGAAAAGAAAAAGAGGAAUGA